UACUUCAUAAUGAAUUCGGGCCUAAUUAAUCUAAAGUCCGUCUCCUUCACUGGGCUUAAAACAUGGCUUACAUUUAAAACCCUAUGUAGCAGUUGUAUCACCGGGCAGUUCAAGCCGAUUAUGUAGAGCAGAGCAUCGACUACCAUCAAACAUCUUCCUCCAUUUUUCUGUCUCCAUCUAUUAAGAUACAUAAAGAGGAGAUGGCAGAACUUUAAUGGAGCUUCGUUGGGUUAGUCACCUUGUAUCUGAGAGAGGAGGGUUUUUCUCACGUUUGAGAGAAAGUUUAGAGGAGAUGGCAGAACUUUCAGUUUUCGGUGUCGUAUGAAAGGAAUGGAUGAGGACGGCCGAGUCUGAGCUAAGAGAUCACAAAUUCAAAUUACGAGCUGGAUGGUUGGAUUUUUUUCGCAAAGGGGAAUCCCAUUAAUUAAGAUCUUGCUCGGCUCAUUGCAUAGAAAUAUCCAAAGGAUAUUUGAACAGUCCACAUUACUUUGGCAACCAAUUUCUGUGAAAGUCUAAUUCCACCCGUCUGCUACUAUAUAUAGAAGUAUAGAUUACUUACACAACAUUCCACAGCACACUUCACUCCACUCACGCACAACACCAAACCAAUUUGCUACUAAGUUCACAAAUCAAUAAUGGCUGAGAGCUCCAUCGAUCACACCAAGACCACAUGGGUAGUGCAAGUGAGAGUGGUUAGGGUUUAUGAAGUUGCUGCCCAUGCCAAAGGUGUGAGAACUUUGGAGAUGGUGCUUCAUGAUGAAGAGGGUAAAAGCAUCCAUGCGGUGGUUAAAAGACCACAACUUGCUAUGUUCAGGUCAAUAACAAAGGAAGACAAAGUGUAUGCGAUAAAGGAGGAUUGUUUAAGGUCCAAGUCAAGAAGAACCAAGAAGGAAGCUCUUACUAAGGCAUCCGUUCAUUUGAAGUUUUGUCUAUGAUCAAG